AACUCCAAUAGAAAAUGCAGUGGCUAAGGAUGGGAUGAAGUUGAAGGCAACAAAGAAAGGAAUAAUCAAGAUGUCCAACAAUGGGAAGAUUAUAAACGUGGUGGAUGUAUUAUUUGUUCCAAAUUUAAAACACAACUUGACGAGUGUCUAUAAAUUGGAAGAAAAAGGUUUCCAAGUAAUUUUUGGACAGGGAAGAGCUAUCAUCGAAAGAAAUGACCAAAUAUAUGGAGAAGCACUAAAAGUAUUUUAGACAAUACAAGGAAGCUAGUGAAACCCAAUUUGAGAGAAAAAUAUCUAGAUUGAGAAUGGAUAAUGGAGGGGAAUAUGACUUCAUGGAUUUCUGCAACGAACAUGGAAUUAAAAUGGAAUAUACUGUCCCCUACAAUCCACAACAGAAUGGGGGCAGACUAUCAGGACGCCGGAAAAUUUGAGAUUGAAAUAUGAGUGUUUGAAGAAGGAUUUGAAGAAGAAAGUCAUGAAAAAUAAAGCAGAGACGCUGAAAACAGGGGGUGGAGUGCCGGAGUAUAUAAGUAUUGAUGGGCCUGAAAAGGAACUGCUUGAAGUCCUCAGUCUUCAGGUUGAAGGUACACCAGCAGAUAUGGAUUCUGACAGUAUUCUUCCCAAAACAAUUAUCACUAGUGAAAUGAACCCUGAGGAGGUGAACAUCAUCGUCACGGAUGCAGAAAUAGCUGAAGAUGAGUUGGAACUUCGGAAUAUGUACAUGGUGGAAGAAAUUGCUGAUCCUGAGACUCCUGUGGAUCCUGGUGAAGGCAAUUCCAGAAAUAUUCCAACCAAUUCUGUUACAUCAUCUCAGAGUAGCAGGGGAAAGACUGAGGUACAUACCCUCUCCGAUACUUACUAUAGAUGGCUCUCGGAAUAUUAAAUAAGUACUAAAAAGUCAUCGAACAAUAAACUGUUAGAACCCGUUCCCUCUACGCCGCUGAUCCAAGAUCCAAGCGAGACAUCGAUGCGAGCGAUUCGCCGAAAGGAGGGGAUACGGCAGGCAUCGACAAGAAGCGAGCAUACACUAAUUUCUCCCUGAUGCGAACCAAUCAGGAAACAGCACAUGUCAUGCGACAACGAUAGAGAGAGAGGGAGAGUGGGAGUUGUCUCUGUCGUAUUCUUCAACUUGAAGAAUUUGUAACGGUCUUUCCACUCUUUCCGCCAUUCAAUUCUGAAUUGUUCUGAUAGUUGCUUACUUGCCCAAACAUUUGUGCUCUGAAAGCUGCUACUGAAUAUUUUGAGAAUAUAUUUGGAAUAUCUUCAAGAAAUUUUCAUUGCUCUAAUUUAUAUCUAUUAUAUUUCAGGAGUUUCUUCAAAUUAAAGCAAUUUUUAUUGCUCUAAUUCAUAUCUAUUGUAUUUCAGGAGUUUCUUCAAAUUAAAGCAAUUUUUAUUGCUCUAAUUCAUAUCUAUUGUAUUUCAGGAGUUUCUUCAAAUUAAAGCAAUUUUCAUUGCUUCAAUUUUUAACUUGUAGUUUAGCUUUCAGGAAAUAGAUUCUUGAACAUGGAUGGGGAAAAGUAUGUAUUCACUGUUAUGUUAUGUUAUUAUACAUAUUAUUGAUUCAUUAUUAAAACCUCAUAUUUCAGCGAUAAACUGAUUUGUCAAAUCUGUAAAAAGAAAUACUCUAGUGUUUCGGCGAAAUAUCGCCAUUUGCGAGAUGUUCAUAAUGAACAACCUAUUGCAAAACAGACAGUGCAUAUAAAAUGCCCCAUUUGCCCUCAAGAAGAAAAAGUAGCUCUUGAGUCUCAUGAUAUGCUGAUUAAUCACUUACAGCAGAUUCAUUCUCUAAGUAUCAAGACAUCACUUUUUACUUUUAAGAAUGAAGAAGAAUUUGAGACUUGGAGAGCACUUGAUAACAGAAAUGUGGAUUACGUAAAACGAAGAGAUCGUA